AUGGUUAACAUUUUCUUCAGCAUCUGGGCUUGCAAACCAUUGUAUUUGCUGCCGGGCCAGGUGAUCAAUGCUGAUGGGCUACAGGAGAUUUUAAAUGGUGUCUUUUUGGGAGACCAGAAAACGUCAAAAGGCUUCAGCCUGGAUAGCUGCAGAGCCAUCGUGCUGCUUAUGGAUUUCAGUGGAACGGGAAGACUUGACAAACACGAUUUCAGACGCCUGUGGGAAAAGCUGUUGCUUUUUAAGGAACUAUUCCACAAGAGGGACAUGGACGGUACGGGCCUGCUGCAUCCAACACAACUCUCCGACAGCCUGCAGGAAGUUGGAUUUACAGUGGCUAACUCUGCACUCAAUCUCAUGACUCUGAGGUUCGGUGACUCAUCAGGAAUGAUCAGUUUGGAGAGUUUCACUAACUGCUUUCUCCGUGUGGAGUUUACAACCGAGAUGUACACCAGGUUAAGCAAAGGUGAUGCUGGACUCUCUCUGACUGAGGCUGAGGUAAGGAAAAGCUCCUGGCAGGAGCCCAUCCUAUCAAUUGGGAUAAAGUUACUGAUUGGAGUAAAAUUCCCCGAGAGUGUGUUUUCCCACAGACUCCGCGGAUAUCAGAAUCCAGGCCGGGAGAUUGAGUGA